AUGGCUUUACAUUCAAAGAUACGAGUACCAUACAUCCACAUUGGCGCCGAUGAAGUCUACAUAAUGGGACAGUGCGAAGCUGAUCGCAAAAUUCUACCGAUCAAAUAUGGCAACGACAAAAAACGACUUGUAUUCGAUUACGUUAAGACAGUUGCUGAGAAUAUCACUCAAAAAUACCCGAAAACGCAGGUACUCAUGUGGUAUGACGAAUUCAAAAACGCAAAUCACACAUUAAUCAAGGAGUAUGGGCUCGAUCGACUGGUAACACCUGUUGUAUGGAAAUACACAGCUGAAUUGGAUAAGGAUCUUCCUACUAGCAUGUGGGAAGAGCUUGCUCGCUCAUUCUCGUCCGUGUGGGGAGGAAGCGCGUUCAAAGGUGCUGACGGACCAAACCGCUACUGGAAUCGUAUUAAGCCAUACAUCCAGAACAAUAAGCAAUGGUGA